CUCCUCGUCUCUACGCCACGAGACUUUCCUGCACGAGACCAACAAGCCUUCUCCUUCCUCGUCCUCGUCCUCGUCAUCAACGUCAUUACAACCUGCCAAGAUGGACGCACCACUUUCCUCCCCGACCCUAAAUGGGCGGCAAGCACAGCAAUCCUACUUCUCACAUCAAUCCUCAUCUUCCUCCUCGUCAGCACAAUCCUCUGGCCCCACCUCCGCACCCCAGACUCAAAGCCAACAAAGCCAACAAAGCCAACAAGCCCCUCCUCCACCACAAGGACCGACCGAUACCGCCUCGCCAUUUCUGAGAGACUUCAACCUCGUAGCAGAGGCUGCGAAACGAGCGCAAAUGGCAGUCCUCAUGCGAGACUUAGAAGGAGUAGCUAUUUAAUCCGCAACGAUCUCCAGUGUGGUGAAGGAAGACGUCACGGCAAGCCAUCCAACCUGGGGAUCAGACGAAAAGAUUCGAGAACGAAUUAGUGUACGAUUUUCAGUUAGUAACGAUAUAAAGGAGGAGAUACGGUAUGCGAGUAUCAUCUAUUAGGUUCGAGAACGAAUAUUAGCGUGUGCUGCAAAGCAUUUGUUGGCGUAUGAUUUAACAAGUUGCCGUGGGAAUUUUGGUUACGGAGUUGGGACAAGGGAAAUAUCACAACCAGCGCCGCUUCAUUUAUUGUUAUUCUUGGACAGCUGGCGUAGGGCUGUAAUAUUGAGCGGAUAUAAACUCGGGAACAAU